UACAUGACCCUUUGAACAUAUUUUUUUUAUUUAAAAUUAUGGGACAUAAUUAUAAUAUAUAAGUCAGAAUAUCUUUUAGAUUUUAUUAUUAAAUGAAACAAUGUUGAAGACAUUGUUAGAGUGUUAAGGUUUGCAUGUUGUAAAGAGACGUGACAAGUAGUGAUCACAUCAUGUCAUGGAUUUAUCAUCAUCAUCCCCCUUGAUUUCCUCUCUUCCAAUCACUAAUUUUACACCAACAAAAAAAAAAACACAAUCUUCUUUCAAUACAAUCCAUUUUCGAUCAAAACCAUUUCAUAUAUCUGGUAGCUGCAAUAUUGUUGCUUUUGUAAAUGUGUGAAAAUGGAAGGCCGAAGAACCAUGACGAUGAAUUGGGACGGAUUAGGAGACCUCGACGACGAUGAGGACCUUUUCUUUGAUGCCCAACUACUAUCCGGUUCUUCAUCCUCAGAUGAAGAAUUUGACGAUAGCCGGAUGUCUUUCUCAUCUUCUGCUGAUUAUGACAGCUUUUUGGGGUUUCAAACGAAUGAGUACGAUAUGUGGAUGGCUGCGCCUGAAUCUAUUACGGACAGACGCAAGCGGCUUCUCCAAGAUAUGGGACUAGGGAGCAACAAAGAUUUGUUGGGAUUCGAUAGCUUGCAAGGAGCUUCUUCGACCCAAAUACUAUCUAGAAAAACCGACAUUCCUCCCCCAAGUAAUGUCCGUAAGUCGGAGGAGGAGAAACAAUUGUCACCUGUUUUGAUAAAUCCAAACCAGGAUGACCAAUUGUACCGCCAGCCAUGCGAGCCUGGUUUUUCAGGCGGGCAUGGAUUGUUGGCGCGUUCAAGAUCAGCAGGAGGAAUAUAUACAUCUUCCAUUGAUACAAAAUGUAGGAAAGAAGAAAUGAUUGGUUUAGUAUCGAAAGAAAGUCUUACCCGGACGUUUUCUGGAUUUUCAACACCCUUUGUUGGUUUAUCGUCUUCUCCGAGCAAAGGUCAACAGAGAAGGAUUUUUGUUGCGAAGGACAAUACUAACAAUAACGGUACCGAUGAUGACACGACAAAUGCGGGUCAAAAAGAAUCCAUCCUUUUGAUCAAGAAUUUGGAUAAUGGGAAGGAGUUUAUGGUUAAAGAGUGUCACAAAGAAGGGAAUUGGAGCAAACUGAGUGACGUUCAAACAGGGAAGCAGAUUACAAUGGAGGAAUUCGAGAAAAACGCAGGGCAUUCUCCGAAGGUGAAGGAGUUAAUGAGGCAAGGGGAUGAUGGACGUUCGGGUGAUCGGAAAUUGACACCAGGUAAUUCUUCUUUCAAAAAAAGUUUCAAAAAAAGCAAGAAAAAAGGGGCUGCAUUGUUUAAGAACAUAAAAUUGGGAUCAAUGGUUGCAUCAAAGACUAACAAAGAAAAGGUUUCGACGAAUACUGGUUCGCCUUCAAUCGAUAGUAAUAGUUCGCCAUCCAUAAGUGAGCAAAAAACAUCUUCCCAGUGGGUGAAAGCUCGAGUUAACGGAAAAACAUUCAAGGAAUUCACAGCAUUGCAUCGACAUCAAGAGAUUCAGGGUCACGACGGAUCAAUUUGGGCUAUGAAAUUUACAUAUGAUGGCCAUUAUCUAGCGACCGCGGGUGAGGAUAAACUGAUUCAUAUAUGGGAAGUGCAAGAAUGUGAUGUAAUGGCAAUGCGAAGUGGAGAUGACCCUAGUUCGGCUGGUGCCACACCAGUUCACCCGAUGGCAAUGAUGGCUAGUCCUGAUGGUAGGCCACCAUUGCCAGAAUCUACACCAGAGAAGAAGAAGAAAGGGAAGAAAAAGAAAGGGAUUCCGGACUACGUUCAAGUGCCGGAAACUGUUUUUGGGCUGUCAGAAACACCAUUCUGCACCUUGAAUGGUCAUUCGGAUGAUGUCCUGGAUCUAUCUUGGUCAAGAUCUCGGCUCCUACUUUCAUCUUCAAUGGACAAGACAGUAAGACUAUGGGAUAUUGAAACCAAGAAUUGUUUGAAAGUGUUUUCUCAUAGCGAUUACGUGACGUGUAUCCAGUUCAAUCCAGCUGAUGAUGACUACUUUAUAAGUGGUUCACUAGACUCAAAGGUAAGAAUAUGGAACAUACCAGAUCGGCAAGUCGUGGACUGGAUUGACCUCCAUGAAAUGAUAACUGCAGUUGGCUACUCUAAUGAUGGCAAGGUUUCGGUUGUUGGUUCCCACAAAGGAAUUUGUCGAUUUUACAACACAGCUGAUUGCAAGCUAGAGUUUAAGGAUCAAGUUGAAUUGAAAACGAAGAAAAAGCCACAGCCUAAAAAGAUAACUGGUUUUCAGUUUUCUACAUGGAAUCCUUCCCAGGUACUCGUGACAUCAGCAGAUUCACGGGUCAGAAUUUUAGAUGGGACGAAAGUCGUCCAAAAAUACAAAGGUUACAAGAACAAUAACAGCCAAUUCUUAGCUGAUUUUAGUCGCGAUGAGAAAUACAUAAUCAGUGCUAGUGAAGAUUCACAAGUAUACAUAUGGAGACAUGAAGAAGCAAAGGGGAAACAUAAACAUCCAAUCUGUAAAACUUACGAAACUUUCCCUUGUAAAGAAGUUUCUGUUACAGCACCAUGGCCAGGAAUCAGCAGAAUCGCACAACCAAUCGUUGCAAUGCAUUCCAAAAAGCACUCAAAAAAGUCCACCACCAUGCUACCACCACCCUCCCCAUCACCGGGCUUUUCUCCUUCACCCGAUGACAUUGGCCAUAAUAAGCCAUCAUCAUCACCAUUGCCACCAAUGCCUAAAAAGGGGAAUCAAUCAACAGACAGCAGUGAUGACGCAGACCAACAUUCCCAUCCUGACUCGUGCAUAGGGCCAUCCGAGUCAUUCAGUUCAGCCACUGGCUCAUCAGGCAGGUUUGACGAAAUGAGCUCCCCUUUGACCUCACCCUCACCCAGCCUUAAGUCUCCUUCAUGGGGUGGUAGCCAUGGUCCCAAGACCAUUCAAGCAACAGCUUGGGGAUUUGUGAUUCUGACUGCAGGGUUGAAUGGUGAGAUCAAGGUUUUCCAAAAUGUGGGAUUGCCAUUUAAGGUUGGACGCUUGUAAUCCGUUUUAAGCAUUUUCUGGAUAUAAGGAUUCUUGUCAGGUCUUUUGAACACUAUGACCUGCCAUUUAAGGUUAGCCGUGAAGAUAGUCCUUUUAAAGACUCGUGUAUACAGUAUACCAUGAAAUUUUGUAGUUCUGAGGACUAUAACGAAUUUUUAUUGUCACA